AUGGACCCUAAGAGACCGCGAGAGGAUGGUGCUGCUGAUGGUAAUGCGUCCAAAACUAAAAAGGGGUUUUCAGUUGGUCCUGCCAAUCUUCCUGACGGCACAUAUCGAAGAAAAGUGCAAAAGAUCAAGGGAGACCUGAUUCACAAGGCCAAGGUCAAGAAAUCCUAUGCAAAAGUUAAAGCUGAGGAACUUGCAAAGGGAGCUUCAAGAUCCAGCUAUACCCAAGAAUCAACCCUGGAAAAUGAUGCAGAUAUCCAGCAGUCAGAGCCAGCCAGGCUAGAGUUACACCCUUCCAGACAAGCUAUGCUCGAUGCUCCAUCUACAGAACAACAAUCUACAGAACGAAGAAUAAGAGAUCCUCACAAUCGCUGGAAACGUCGACAAAAGCCUUCGCCGUUUACCAAAGAGAUUGUAAUCGCAAAGAGGAAGAAGGAGGAGAUUGAGAAUAGGCAGAAAAUAAGAGAAGCUAAACAACGAGAUCGUGAGGCAAUGGCUAGGGCUCGGAGGCCGGAUAAGUUUGGAAGGCGAAAACUCGGGCGGGAAAGUAAUGUUUUAUUGGAUAGGGUUAAGAGGAUGAUUGAGGAAUCUUAG